AUGUCCAAUGUCAUCGUGGUGUUCCUUGCCGCAUUGGGCUGGUUGUCACAAGCCACUCAAUGUGCUGGCAGCAGGAUCCUGGUGGUGCCGUUGGAUGGCAGCCACUGGAUCAACAUGGAGGUGAUCCUGAAAGAGCUGCACUCCCGUGGGCACAAACUUACAGUUCUGCACUCCUCCAACAGCUGGUACAUUCCUUCCAAUUCAACCUUCUACACUUCGAUCACCGCAACCAUGUUUGAGGACGGCGUCAAAAAGGAUUAUUACAAUCAAGUUCUCCUGGAUGUGAUGGAGUGUCGGGAAUCCGCCGGCUUUUUGAGGAGCUUCUACCAGCAACGUUUGCUCACUAACAUGUUGGCAACAGGUCAUAAAGUUCUAGCUGAAGUAGCCGCCACGAUGUUUGACGACCCCGGUUUCAUGAAAAGGUUGCGGGAAGCCAAGUUUGAUCUCAUGUUAACCGACCCGGGUCUGACGAUCGGAGUGCUUCUGGGGAAUUACCUCAAGUUGCCGAUGGUGUUCAACGUACGAUGGAUAAAUAAUGGCGAGAGCCACUUCGCCAUGGCCCCGUCCCCAAUCUCUUACGUCCCGGUGCCUGGAAGUGAACUACACGACCGGAUGGAUUUUCAAGAAAGGCUCAAGAACAUGCUACUUUACAUUUACAGCUUGAUUGAGUUAUACUUUUACAUAAACCCGGCGUAUUCAGAUCUGUUCAAACGUUAUUUUCCUCCAAAAACAGACUUGAUGACCUUGGAGCAAGCGGCUGAUAUAUGGCUGGUCAGGUCUGAUUUUGUCUUCGAGUUUCCUCGCCCGACCAUGCCCAACGUGGUUUACAUCGGCGGGUUCCAGUGCGAGGAGGCCCGGCCUUUGCCUGCCGAUUUCGAAGCCUUUAUGCGGAGCUCCGGGGAGCACGGGGUGGUGCUGAUGUCUUUGGGAACGCUGGUGUCAGCCCUGCCACGUCGCGUCACCGAAUCCAUCGCAGCUGCGUUUGCUCAGCUCCCCCAGAAGGUCAUCUGGAAGUUUAAGGGAGAAAAGCCUUCAUCCUUGGGCGACAACACCCUUCUGGUGGAUUGGCUACCUCAGAAUGACCUUCUGAGACACCCCAAAACCCGCGCGUUUGUCGCUCACGGAGGUACUAACGGUAUGUAUGAAGCCAUAUUCCAUGGAGUUCCAGUUCUGGGUCUUCCCCUGCUCUUUGACCAGUUUGACAACCUACUGCGGUUGAAGGUGCGUGGGGGGGCUCGGGUGGUCGAAGUCAAUUCACUCACCAAGGAAGGCUUCCUCGAGGCCCUCACGGAUAUUUUAGAGACUCCGACUUACCGCGAGAACAUGCGUCGACUAUCCCGACUCCAUCGCGAUCGCCCUAUGCCUCCUUUGGAGAGCGCCAUUUUUUGGAUUGAAUACGUCAUCAGGCACAAGGGAGCGUCCCAUCUACGUCCGGUUGCUUAUGACCUCCCCUGGUACUCUUACUUUUGCGCGGACGUGGUUCUUCUCAUCGCGGCUGUUGUCGCAAUUGUCGCGUGGGCUCUUGUAUUCAUCUGUAAGAUUGUUUGUUGUAGGAGAUUUGGGAAAAAGAUCAAAUGGGAGUAA